AUGUACAGCGUUCAUUGGGGUGAACAUGUGGUCAAUGGCGACACUUUCCAGUUGCAGACAUUCAACAACAAGUACGCGCGCGAUCUGCCCAUGACUCAAGCUUCCAUUGCAAUACAACAUUUUGCUGUACUCUCAUUUAUACAAGAUCCAAAGGGGGCGUCGCGUGUCGUGUGUAUUUCAUGGCUAUCAUCAAGGAGAAAUCCCAACACAUUGUUACUUUGGCUUGGAUACGUUGGAUUAUGGUGCCUCUGGCAGCAAGAAGAAAUUGAUCUCAAAGCAAGAAUACUGUAUGGUUGGCUCAAUGGUAUGCGUGGCAUUGGAUGUACAAAGCAAAACAUGCUAACUAACGAGCCUUUCAAUGGAAUAACAGCAGCACCUACUGGAUGGCAAGAAGAUACGGUUUCCAUUUGA